UAUUUUCUUGUUGUAAGAAAUUACAGAACAACAUUUCUAUCAAAUUAUAGCUCAUAUUAAGCUCACGUUAUUGUUUCUCUCGCUCCCUUCGAAAGAGAAAACUACUCUGAAACAUGGCAACAACAAGAAGAAGCACAAGUUUUCUUCUCUUGCUUCUUGCAUCUCUCUUUCUUCUUUCAUCUUCUUCUUCGACGGAUUCAUUCCUUUUAGGAGGCUGCACUCAACAAAAAUAUGCACCCGACUCACCCUACGAGUUCAACCUCAACUCACUCCUCACUUCCCUUGUCAACUCAGCCACCUACUCCUCCUUCAACAACUUCACCAUCCUCGGCUCCAGCCCGCAGGACGUCGUGUACGGGCUCUACCAGUGCCGCGGCGACCUCUCCAUGCCCGACUGCGCCGCUUGCGUGACACGUGCCGUCAGUCAAGUUGGCGGGUUGUGCCCGCAAACGUGCGGUGGAGCUCUGCAACUAGAAGGGUGUUAUGUGAAGUACGACAACGUGACGUUCUUGGGGGUGGAGGAUAGGAGUGUGGUGUUGAAGAAAUGUGGGCCGUCGGUUGGGUAUGAACCGGAGACUAUGAGCCGUAGAGAUGCGGUCUUGGCUGGCCUGGCCAGUGCUGCUGGACCGUAUAGAGUUGGUGGAACAGGAGAGGUCCAAGGUGUUGCCCAGUGUGUGGGGGAUUUGAGUUUGGGACAGUGUCAAGAUUGUGUGUCGGAGGCAAUCGGACGACUGAGAAACGAUUGCGGCAUGGCGGAUUACGGUGAUAUGUUUCUGGGCAAAUGUUAUGCAAGAUACUCUACUGGGAAAGCCCCUUCUGACUUCGAGGCCCCUUCUGACUUCGAGGCCCCUUUUGAAUUCGAGGCCUCCGUUGAAAAAAGCUGCAACAAAGAAGAAAAGACGAGAUUUGCUAUAACAAUUGGAGUGUUAGCAGGGGUGGCUUUAUUAACAAUAUCUGUUACUUUCAUAAGAAAGAUGCCUGAGGAUAAGCCAAUCAUAACAGAUGUGCCUGUGGGUGAGCAACCCAUAAAAGAUGUGCCUGUGGAUAAGCAAUCCAUAAAAGAUGUGCCUGAGGAUAAGCAAACUCCUAAACUGUAUGUCGAUGUACAGUUACCACAAAUGCUUCCAAAACUUAUUCGCCCGGAUGCACAGAAAAAGGAGAUCUGCAACUGCAAUCCCUGCAAAUGAAGAGUUGAGGAAAGAUGCAGAAAGGGGAUAAGUACCAAACAAAGUUUUAAAAGGAGGGGAGGGAAAUUAUUAAAAAAGUCAUUAGACUAAGAUUUCACUCUGCUCUCCACUAGCUUGUUGUUUUGUCAAAAAUUGAAAAGAUUUAAUGGCUAUAAUCCUUUUGUAAAGUAUCAGACUCUGUUUCCUUUCUCUGUCGCUAAUGUUUUUUUUACUUUUUUUUCCAGCCGACAAUUUACGCUCAUUUCUUUCUGUUUUUUUCUUGCAUGUUCAUCGAUCACGUCAUUGGACAGUGGGUUUGAUUUAAGAUUCCCAUCAAUAAUUUUAAUGUAUCUUUUUGUAAUCAGUGUAUGAAACAGACCACCAUGAACAUAAAUAUAGUAUAUUACAUGUUUGUAAGAGAUAUAUAAAGACAAAUAAUUAAUUAAAUUAAAGUCGAUCCUUUUCUCCUUUUCUCUUA